AUGGCGACCGGCGCCGCUCUCGUAGGUGUCGUCGCCGCUGCCCUCCUCGUCGUCGCUGAUGCGUCCACCAUCGCCGUCUCCGAGGCAUCGACGACCAUGGGGCUCUCCCGCAAUGCCUCAGCGAUCGUGGGGGGCAGCUGCAACGUUUCGCUCGACGCGACCCAGGCGACGCUCAGCGACUUCCACUUCCACACCCACCUCGUCGAGGACAGCCUCAGCGCGCUUGGAAGAGUCCAGAUGGUCGCCCCUGGGACUUCCUGCUUGGGCUCCAUGGGCAACGUCCUGACCCGAACGACCGCGCCGCUCCAGCGCCCGAAGGCGGAACCGGCCGCACCAUCGACGCUGCCAGUGCUGCCCCCCGCCUCCCCGCCCGCCUGGCCCUUCGACCCGACUGGCCCGGGGCAGCGGAAGUCGCCGCCCAAGCGUCGCCAACCUGUUCCGGUGCCAACGCCCCCCUCCGCCGAGCCAUCGCCAUCGCCAUGCGCGGGCGCUCCACCGCCCCCGCCUCCUCCACCGACGAGGAACGGCGGGGAGCCGUCAAGGUCAUCAGCGCCCGCUCCUCAUCCUCCUCCCCCGCCGGCUUCGCCCUCUUCAUCCCCGCCGCCGCCUGUGAGAUCAUCCGCGGGCAGGACCCUCCGACCGCCGCCUCCCCCGCCUGGCCCAGACGGAGGUGGGGCGGUCGCCUCUGCGGAUGCUCCCUUCUCGGAUCUACAGAGAGUGGUGCGAGCAUUCCUGAAGGCAGCGAAGGCACUGUGCAAACAGAGGGAAGCCAGGCAGCAGCAGCAGAAGAGCAGCUGCUCAAGGAAGAAAAGCCUAGAUGCAUAA